GCCGGUCGCCCAAAGACCACCUAAUCACUCCGAACCAAAAGCUCAAGCAGCAGCAUCCCGCAGAGAGCAGCGGCGGCAACAGAGCAGCGUCAACAGAGAAGGGCGUCGAUGGGCAACUGCGCGGUCACGCAGCACGCCGUGACGUCGUGGGCGGACGACGGCGAGUGGGACGUGCCGGCGGAGGCGGCCGAGGAGGAGGCCGCGGGGACGAGCGGGAGGAAGGACCACGCGGCGGCGGAGGUGACGAUCCGGAUCACCCGGAAGCAGCUCCAGGAGCUGAUGGACAAGAGGGCCGGCGGCCUCCAGGGGCUCAAGAGCCGGCGGGCCGCGGCGCAGCUGCUGGCCGACGUCAUGAACGCCGGGCAGGUCUACCACCACCUCAACCACUGCAAGGCGGCGCACUGGAAGCCCAAGCUGCAGAGCAUCCCGGAGGCCGUCGAGUCAUGAUUGCCUGGUUGUGGCUCCUCUUCGUUUCCGGUUGCUUCUUCGUAGCUGCAGUCUCUGUCGGUAGAUCGCACAUCGCAGGCGGCUUCUUGGGUGGCUUGCGUGUCAUUCUUUGUGUUCGGAUGCAAUAUGCGACGAACGAUGUACAGUAUAGUAGGAUUAGUGCGACGAUGUAAAUGAGACGUCCGUUAUGCCCGCACCAAAACUUGAAAAAGAAGUGUGAAUUUCAUGAGCAGUUACCCAUGCUUUCACGAAGCAGAGCACAGAUCAAUGACUCAUGGCAAUGGUCAAGUCAACUAGACUACGGUCUAAAUUCUACUCUUUGUAUGCCCCCCUACGCUUUUGUAUGGCCGUGGUACCAUGCAGAGCCUGGACUAAUAACAGUAUGAAUGCAUAUACUGAUGCAUUCCGCUUCA